AUGCUGAGCUCGCUGAGGUACCUGGCCGGCACGGCGGGCCCGAGCGGCUUCGGCUCGCGCACCACCGCCGAGGAGGCCACGGACGGCGCCGGCGACCUGAGCCAUAUCACCGCCAUCGUCACGGGCGCCACGUCGGGGAUCGGGGCGGAGACGGCGCGGGUGCUGGCCAAGCGCGGCGCCAGGCUGGUCCUCCCGGCAAGAAACCUCAAGGCGGCCGAGGACGCCCGCGCGCGCCUCCUCGCCGAGCUCGGCCCGGCCACGGACGCCGGCCGCGUCGUGGUGCUGCCGCUCGACCUCUCCUCCCUCGGCUCCGUCCGCCGCUUCGCCAGGCGCUUCCUCGCCCUCCGCCUCCCGCUCAACCUCCUCAUCAACAACGCGGGGCAGUUCGCGGACCGGUUGGCGGUGUCGGAGGACGGGGUGGAGAUGACGUUCGCCACCAACUACCUGGGCCACUUCCUGCUCACCAGGCUGCUGCUGGGGAGGAUGGCGGAGACGGCGAGGGACACCGGCGUCCAGGGCCGCGUCGUCAACGUCUCAUCCACCGUCCACACUUGGUUCGCCGCCGCCGACGACCCCUUCGCCUACCUCCACCGAGUCACCCGCAAGACCACGCCGUACGAUCCGACGAAGGCCUACGCCCUCUCCAAGCUCGCCAACGUGCUCCACACCAACGCACUCGCCGAGCGUCUCAAGGAGAUGGGCGCGAACGUGACGGCUAACUGCGUCCACCCCGGCAUCGUCAGGACACGCCUCAUCCGCGACCGUGCCGGCCUCGUCACCAAUACAGUGUUCUUCCUGGCAUCCAAGCUCCUCAAGACGGUUCAUCAGGCAGCCGCAACGACAUGCUACGCGGCGGUGCACCCAGCGGUGGCGGGGGUGUCGGGCAAGUACUUCGCGGACUGCAACGAGGCGUCGCCGUCGAAGCUAGCGUCCAGCUCCAAGGAGGCCUCCAAGCUGUGGAGCUUCUCCGAAGGCAUCACCGCUGAGAAGGAGAAGCAGGGCGUUGUCCAUCCCACAAGCUUCAGGCUCCAGGUUCAGAACUCCAACGCCGACCGCGGCAUGGCUAUCGCCUAGGAGGCGUCGCACCGGAAAUUUUGAUGUUGCUGGCGGCAAACAGCUUCAAGAGGCCUGUAACAAGGAACCUAGAUGAUAGUUUCAGAAACUGCUAUGGGUAGUGUUAGCAGUAGUGGCAUACGUAUCAGGGUAUAGCUGUAAAUACAUACCAUAUAUGUAUACUGUCAGUAUAAUGUUAGUGUGUAUCAGAGCUUUCUAUGCAGAUAUCAGUGUCUCACGUUCUUCCCUGUCCAUCAAUCAGAAUAGAAUAGGUUAGAUUACAGAUCAAAUGUUCAACUCCACCACCAUGUAAUAAUCAUUUCCAUUGAGCUAGAUACUCUUCUUUUAA